AUUUUUUUAAAAGAAAUGCAAAGUAGAAUGGCCAAGAGACUACAAAAAGAUUUAGAGUAGAUGCAAAAGUCUUACACUGAUCAAUUUAAUGUGAGAAUGCCAAAUAAUGAUAUUAAACAUUGGAUUGUAGCAUUUGAAGGUGCAAAAGGAACAUUAUAUUAAGGAGAGAAAUUCGAGUAAUAUAUUUAAAUAAAUUAGAUUGCAAUUCAAGUUUUCAAAUGAAUAUGUAGAUAUACUUAUACUUAAUUAGCUCUUUUUCUUUGAAAUUAGCCAAUCGAAUCUCCUGAAGUAAUAUUAUUCUUAUAAUUUAGGUAAUCUUUAUUGGCAAACCACCUGAGCAUGAACAUAUAUAUUCCAAUGGAUUUAUUUGCUUAUCAAUUUUAUUUGAUGGUAAUUCUUAUGAAUAAUAAUUUUUAGAAUGGUCAGCAGCACUUACUGUGAGUUCUAUUUGCUU